UCUCGCGGCAACAGCACCGGCGUACCAUCCCGCGGUUUUUUUUCCCUGUUUCCAUCAGUCUGUCCGUUGCCGUCUUACAGGUACCAGUUACUCUUCGGUAGUGUCCGUCCGCUGUAGUUUCGUUUUCGAACUAGUAUGUUUUACGACGGGAAUUAGUUUCGGUUUUUUUUUUUUUAAAACUUAAAUUUCCUACCUACCGCUUUUAACAUUGUUACAAUAAUAAUAUUAUUAAUAUAAUAGUAGUAUUAAUAGUAGUAACGUUUUCCGUAGAAUAGUUUUAAAAAUUUUUCAGUGUUCCGUUUUUUUUCCCGAGUGACAUUUUUUUAUUUUUAAAAUGAAAUCUUCAGCCACCACGGGCUUUGCGUCCGCGGUCUUUUUAGUGCUGCUAUGUGGUUCGACAAUCGCGUUGAGCUUCAACGGCAACGACAAGACGGUCAUUGACACGCUGGCGUGGACCAGUGAUCUAUCUGAGAUCUAUAGUAUUAUCGAAAGAAAUCAAAUUGCCAACACGACGAUACAUUUGAGAAGUGUUACUGUGUUUGCUCCGCACAACGAAGCGUUUUUGAAGUCAAUUAAACAAGAUAAUGAUGAUGAAUAUUUACCGUGCUACCAUAUAACAAAUGUACCAAUGAAACUAGAGCAAUUAGGAAAGUCGGUAUUUUCUGAAUUAGACGGUAAUCCGCCUAUGUGGAUUACAAAAAAAAGUCCAGAAGAGAUAUACGUUAAUCAAGCUAAAGUUGUCUAUCACUUGGCUAAUUAUGAACACAAUAAUACAUAUGGAAAACCUCAAGUGUUGCACGUUAUUGAUCAAGUUCUUCAACCUUUGCGAAUGAAGAGAAAUAGUCCUCAAAAUGUUUACAAUCCUAAUGCAUGGGAAUUCAUGGAAAAUGCUGAAUACUUGGAUUUAGAUAGUUACCACACUAAUACUUUUUUGCAACGAGUACAAGAUCUGGAUAAAAAGAGUGUAUUCUCCAAUCAAGGUGGACAUACAUUUUUCAUACCCGUAGAUGAAGUUGCUAAUUAUCCAAAAGUAAGACCUGAAAAAAUCGAUGUGAAAGUGAUUGACGCCCACAUCGUUCCCGAUAAUGUAUUAUUUUUGGGUCCAACCAACGAAGAUGAGCAAUUUAAAACUUUGGCGUUUACUGACAUGCUUAAAGUAUUUGCGUCUCUAUCUAAAGCUGAAGAAGGGGAUAAGACUAAAUAUUACGUUAGCAGUGACACUGUUGUUGGUGAUGGUGUUCAUCCGACUGGUGCUGUAGUAGCAGAAAUUGUUAAAGCCAAUAUACCUGUCAGAAAUGGCGUGGUUCAUUUGAUUAGUAGACCAUUGAUGAUUGUAGAUAACACUGUUAAACAAUUCAUUGAGCAGUCAUAUAAAGACAGAGAAGACAGCGUUUUACACAGAUUCUACGAGGAGAUCAUGAAUUCCGGUGGUGAUUUCUUGGAAAAACUUACUGCCAUGCCAAAUGUUACGCUUUUUGCACCUUCCAAUGCAGCGUUUAACGACCAAUCCAUUCAGUCGUAUUUGACAAACCGCACAUACAUCAGGUCUUUACUUGACUUGCAUAUCGUCAGUAGACGUCUCUCCAUCGAUGAUAUUGUUGCUGAAUCCAUUGAUAAGCGCUUUCAGGUUCCCACCGAAGUGCCCCGCAAGGAUCUGUUCUUUAAUGUGGUUACGAGUGGUAAGAACCGCACAUUGACUCUGGAGGGUGGCGGUGUUAACGCUACCGUGGUCCAAGCUAAUUUAGCAGCUACCAACGGCAUCAUACACAUCAUUGACCACGUACUGGGUAUUCCAUCAUCGACUGUCGACCGCAAACUGGCCACUGACCCCACGCUCAAUGAAACCAACUAUCUUGGCCAAGUUUCCUCGCUUAACGACCAACUAGGUGAUGUUCAAAAAAGAUUCACUUAUUUUGUGCCGAGAGACUUUGCUUGGAAAAGGUUGGCAAUCGAUAACCCGUCAGUAUACAAAAAAUUGUUCAUGCCCGAAUAUUCGAACAUUGCCCGUCAAAUUUUGGAACGCCAUUUGAUCAUUGCCGAUAAAGCAUUUACAAUGGACGAUUUAAGGAAAGAAGCCAAUAAUAAUUACAACUUGUCUGUCAAACUUCCUACUGUACGCGAUGUUUCUAUGUAUAUAAAAAUCAAAGACUCUGCUGAAGGUUACUCGAUUGAAUGGCGUAAUGAAUGGAUACAUGUCCACCGUUCUGAUGUCCGUUGCACCAAUGGUAUCAUACACGUAAUUGAUAAAGUUUUGAUUGAUGACAAUGACAUUGAAGUGAAUGCUGCUAUUGCUACCAAGUCGAUGACUGCAUUGGUGUUGGUUAUGGCCCAAUGCCUUGUGUUCUACUAUUUCAACUAGUCAAUUCUACUCAGCAGGCGUGUCUUGUAUGUGGAAUACCCUAAGAUGCGUUUAACGGUUGAUCAUAAGGUUCCCACCCUGUUGUUUCCACUAAAUAUAUAGGAUCUACUGAUAACAUUUACAUUUUCAAAUAUUAUCCUCUUUCCUCAUACGACACGUUUGGUUUUUAUAAAAUGAAAAUUAGUUCCCAUUUGAAUUGUAUCCAAUUCUAAAACGGACAAUGUAUUUUUAUUUCCUAUAACGUUUAAGUUUUUAUUAAGUAAUCUCCCUUCAAGAUUUUUUUUAUUGUAAGCUUGUGCCUGAUUAGUUUUAUAUACAUAAAUAUAUAAUAUAUAUCGUGUAUAUAUAGUAUAUAUAUGUCAUGUGUAUGUGUAAUUUUAUUUUAUUCUUCGCAUCUGAUAAAGUCUUAUUAUUUCAAUAUUUUCUCUUUAAUAUGGAUAGUAGUAUUAUAGUUCUGUUUAUCCAAGAAAGAGAAAUAAUUUUGAUUAUAUUUCAAACAAUAUUUGCUUUUAAAGCUGCACAUCAACGCAUUUCAGUAAAUGCAUAAAUUUGACAAUACCAUAUUACUAAAAAAUCUUAAAUGUAUACCCUGUAACAUCCUACUCCUUCCUUUAAAAAUAUUAAAUUUUACAUAAGAAUUUUAGUAUAAAAAUUGAAAAUGGGUAAAAGUCAAUGUGGUUUAUUAAAAUCAAAAGUAAAACGCAUAAAUGAGUCUGACAAAACAAGAUUUCGAGUAUUUCACAUGUUAGGAAUAUAAUUUUUUUUUUUUAGAUCAAAAUAUUGAUUUGUAAAUACUGAACAUGGUAUAAUUAUAGGACUUAAUAGUAUUAAAAAAAAAAAAAAUUAUAUUUAAUUAUGUAUGCCUUACGAUAGUUCAAAGUAAAUAAUUUGUUAUUCGUUAAAUAAUAUUUAAAAAAAAAAAAAAAGACAUAACUAGAAUUAAUAAUAAUUACCCAUAUAGGUUCAUCUUAAUCAUAUUCUAUUGAUAUAUAUUAUAAGUUAUAUAUUUAUACAUAUGUAAAUUGUAAUUUGAGAAUCAUUUAAUAGGAGAAUUAAUAUAUAAUAGAAAAUAAUCUUGUUGAAUUUAUACAAAAAUUUUACGAAAAUAUAUUAAUCUCGUCCUUUCAUUGAAUAACUAUGAUAUUUUAACAAUAAUAAUAAUAAAUUAUAUUAUACUAUAAUAAUCAAUGAAAACUGAUAAUUAGUGCAUUAAUGCUUGGUGUCUAUUUAUAUUUUCUACUGCCGUUCAAGUGGAAAAUAUAAACUAAAAUUGUAGUUUUUUUUUUAUUAUUUAGUAAAACGAUUGUUCAUAUAUUUAAUGGCUAAGAAACUAAAUUAAAAGUAAAGACAAUUAAUUGGUAAUUUUGAUAUUGUAUAGAAGAAAAAAAACUGUGAACUGCUUCAUCUAAAUAAGAUUGUAAAUGGACGCAAAUUUUUGUUGAAUAACAAACGACAGUCUUUGUUUAUAUUUUAUUAACAAUUUAAUAAAUGUAUAUAUUAGGUUUA